UACACACAUAUAUAUAUAUAUAUAUAUAUAUGGAUUUGGAUUUUGUUAUUGUUGUCUAGGGGGACACCAUAGAUAUAUUUGAUCAUAUCACAGUCGUAUCAAUCAGUUCAAUAUUUCAUCAAAGAGAGAUAUCGAUCGAUCUAGAUAUGGGUUUGAAAGUACUGUCGGCUCUUGACACGGCACGAACACAAUGGUACCACUUCAAGGCCAUAAUCAUAGCAGGGAUGGGGCUAUUCACCGAUGCCUACGACCUCUUCUGCAUACCACCAAUCAUGAGACUCCUUGGUCGAAUUUACUACCAAGAAACCAAAAACCCCCAAGACCUCAGAUUCCAGGUCCCGCCGGCAGUGGUUUCCAUCAUGGUUGGCAUGUCCCUUUUGGGGACAGUGAUAGGACAGCUGGUGUUUGGGCGUUUAGGGGAUCUGAUAGGAAGGAGAAGGGUGUACGGCAUGUCACUGAUGAUGAUGGUGCUUAGCGCCAUAGGGUGUGGAUUCUCAGUAUGCACAAAGAGGGGAUGUGUUCUUGCUAGCUUUGGAUUCUUCCGUUUCUUGCUCGGCGUUGGGAUUGGUGGAGACUAUCCGUUAUCAGCCACCAUUAUGUCUGAGUUUGCUAACAAGAAGACACGUGGGUCGUUUAUAGCGGCUGUGUUUUCGAUGCAGGGGAUUGGGAUUCUGGCCAGCUCCAUGGUGACCAUGAUCGUUUGUAGGAUAUUUGAGGAGACUUCUUCUUCUUCUUCGUCGUCAAAUAAUAAUGGACUGAAGGGUGGAUCUGCUACGCCGGAAGAGGCUGAUAUUGCUUGGAGAAUCAUAGUGAUGAUUGGUGCCAUCCCCGCUGCCAUGACCUAUUAUUGGCGUAUGAUGAUGCCUGAAACUGCCAGAUAUACAGCUUUGGUUGAGCAAAAUUUGGUACAAGCAGCCAAGGACAUGGAGAAGGUAUUAGAUGUUUCGAUGAGCCAAAUCACAGAAGAUGGACCACUUGUACAACUCCCCAACAACCAAACACACCAAUAUCCUUUCUUCUCAAAAACAUUCUUCCGCCGCCACGGGCGGGAUCUCUUCGCCUGCUCCGCCGCCUGGUUCCUCGUCGACAUUGUCUUCUACAGCAGCAACCUAUUCCAGUCCCACGUCUACAACAACUUUCUUAAGCCGGCCAACGAAGUCAGCGUAUUCAGAGACGCAUAUGACGUGGCCAAACUCCAAGCCAUCGUAGCCAUCUGCUCCACCAUCCCUGGCUACUGGUUCACAGUCUACUUCAUUGACCGUAUAGGAAGGGUAAGAAUCCAGCUCAUGGGGUUUCUAGUCAUGGCCAUUGUUUACAUCUCCAUUGGUAUACCUUACUACAGUUUUUGGGAGAAUCACGACCACCGUAAAGGAUUCAUGGUUCUUUACGGACUCACAUUCUUCUUCGCUAACUUUGGACCAAACACCACCACUUUCAUAGUUCCUGCUGAGCUUUUCCCGGCAAGGUUUAGAUCCACGUGUCAUGGAAUAUCUGGGGCUUCUGGAAAGGUGGGAGCCAUUGUUGGGUUAGGGUUCUUGUGGGCUUCUCACAAUAAAGCGGAAGAAGGAUACCCUGAAGGAAUUGGAAUGAUUGCGUCGUUGGUGAUUAUGGGAGGAGUGUGCUUGGUGGGUAUGGUAAUCACUUAUCUUUUCACUGUUGAAACCAAUGGGAGAUCAUUAGAAGAGAAUGAGAUUGUGAAUGAUGAAUUAUUAGGUCAUGAUGAUGAUUAUAAUAAGGCAAAGUGUUUUGUGAGAUGUUUUAAGUAUGAUCAUCAUGAUCAUGAUUUUGGCCACACUGCUACAACUACAACUACUACUACGUAUAACCCUCAAUCUCAAUCAUCGACUAUUAGUUAAUAUAUAAUAUUAUAUAGCACACUAUUCUUCUUAGUAAUUCUGUACGUACACUAUAUGUAUAUAUAUUUAUCU